ACCCUAAUGCACAAGAGCUGCUUGGAUUGUGGGAUGAAAUGCUCUUCGGGAUGAACCACAUCGUACCUCUGAUGUCCUUCUUCCAGGACUGGGUGUCCUUCGAAGAGGUGGCUGUGUAUUUCUCCAAGGCAGAGUGGAGCCUGCUGAGCCCGGCCCAGAGAGCUCUGUACAAGGAAGUCAUGCUGGAGAAUUUUGGGAAUGUGGCCUCUCUGGGCAGCAGCAAAAAGACGUCCUUGAUGGCUUUUCUGCCGUCUCCCCCGUGUGGUGUGGAGGAAAGACCAGCCAUGCCGGCAGCCCAGGGCCGGGUGUCCUUCGAAGAGGUAGCCGUGUAUUUCUCCAAGGCAGAGUGGAGCCUGCUGAGCCCAGCCCAGAGAUCCCUGUACAAGGAAGUCAUGCUGGAGAAUUUUGGGAACGUGGCCUCUCUGGGUCCUGUGAAUGGCACACCUGGCCUCAUCUCUUGGCUGGAGGAAGACAAGCAGCUGAUUGUCCCUGAGUGUGAUGAAGUGGAAGGAUUGACAGGAGGCAUAUGGGAGUCAGCGAAUGAAACAUCUGAGCAUGGAGUGAUGGAGAAUGGAGACACCCAUUCAGAUCUGAAAGAGGGAGAUGAACGUUGUGGUGAACUGGGGACAGAGAUGGGAAAACACCCUCCUGCAGGAAUGCAUAAUUCUGGUCUUUUACGGGGUGGUGGCUUGCGUGAAGACAGGAGAAAUGGGUGCCCAGCAAGUGGGGGGGAAUCUCCUGAAAAAUCAGAUAAAAAUGUGAACCAGAAGAUCCAUAAAAGGGGGAAAAUGGAUAGACUUUAUAAAUGCCUGGAGUGUGGGAAAUGUUUCAGUCAGAGUGCAAGCCUUGCUUCCCAUGGAAGAAUUCACACAGGGGAGAAGCCGUAUAAAUGCCUGGAGUGUGGAAAAAGAUUCAGUCAGAGUGGAACGCUUUCUUCCCAUCAAAAAAUUCACACAGGGGAGAAACCGUACAAAUGCCUUGACUGUGGAAAAAUCUUCAGUAGCAGGGGAAACCUUAAUAGCCAUCAAAGAAUUCAUACGGGUGAGAAACCAUACAAAUGUCUGGAGUGUGGAAAAGACUUCAGUCAGAGGGACAACCUUAAUAGACAUCAAAGAAUUCACACAGGCGAGAAACCAUAUAAAUGCCUGGAGUGUGGGAGAUGCUUCAGUGAGAAAAGAAGCCUUACUUGCCAUCAAAGAAUUCACACAGGGGAGAAGCCAUAUAAAUGCCUGGAGUGUGGAAAAUGUUUCAGUCAUAGUGCAACCCUUACUUCCCAUAAAAGAAUUCACACGGGGGACAAACCUUAUAAAUGCCUGCUGUGCGGAAAAAGCUUCCAUGACAAUGGAAGCUUUCAUGCUCAUCGAACAAUUCAUACUGGGGAGAAACCGUAUAAAUGCCUGGAAUGUGGAAAAAGUUUCCGUCAGAGUGGAAAACUUACUUCCCACCAAAGAACGCACACAGGGGAGAAGCCAUAUAAAUGCUUGGAGUGUGGAAAGAGCUUCACUCAGAGGGGAUAUCUUACUUCCCAUGGAAGAAUUCAUACAGGGGAGCAACCUUUUAAAUGCCUGGAGUGUGGAAAAAGCUUCAAAAGCAGUGGAAGCCUUACUACCCACCAAAGGAUCCACACAGGGGAGAAACCGUAUAAAUGUCUGGAGUGUGGGAAAAGCUUCAGUCGGAGUGAAAUACUUAUUGUCCAUCAAAGAAUUCACACGGGGGAGAAACUGUGUAAAUGCCUGGAGUGUGGAAGAAGCUUCAGUUAUAGGGGAAACCUUACUGCCCAUCAACGAAUUCACACAGGGGAGAAACCAUAUAAAUGCCUGGAGUGUGGAAAAUGCUUCAAUUGCAGUGCAAGCCUUGCUUCCCAUGGAAGAAUUCACACAGGGGAGAAGCCGUAUAAAUGCCUGGAGUGUGGAAAAAGAUUCAAUCAGAGUGGAACCCUUUCUUCCCAUCAAAAAAUUCACACAGGGGAGAAACCGUACAAAUGCCUUGACUGUGGAAAAAUCUUCAGUAGGAGGGGAAACCUUAAUACCCAUCGAAGAAUUCAUACAGGUGAGAAACCAUACAAAUGUCUGGAGUGUGGAAAAGACUUCAGUUUGAGGGGCAACCUUAAUAAACAUCAAAGAAUUCACACAGGCGAGAAACCAUAUAAAUGCUUGGAGUGUGGGAAAAGCUUCAGUCGGAGUGGAAGCCUUUCUUUCCACCAAAGGAUUCACACAGUGGAGAAACCAUAUAAAUGUCUGGAGUGUGGAAAAGGCUUCUAUAUCAUUGGAAACCUUCAUUCUCAUCAAAGAACUCACACAGGGGAUAAGCCUUAUAAAUGCCUCGAGUGUGGGAAAAGUUUCAUUUGGAGUAACAGCCUUACUUCCCAUCAAAGAAUUCACACAGGGGAGAAACCAUAUAAAUGCCUGGAAUGUGGCAAAAGUUUCAGUCAAAGUGUAAGCCUUUCUUCCCACCAAAGGAUUCACACAGUGGAGAAACCAUAUAAAUGUCUGGAGUGUGGAAAAGGCUUCUAUAUCAUUGGAAACCUUCAUUCUCAUCAAAGAACUCACACAGGGGAUAAGCCUUAUAAAUGCCUCGAGUGUGGAAAAAGUUUCAGUCGGAGUGACAGCCUCUCUUCCCACCAAAGGAUUCACACAGGGGAGAAACCAUAUAAAUGCCUGCAGUGUGGAAAAAGCUUCAGUGAGAACGGAAGCCUUAUUUGCCAUCAAAGAAUUCACACAGGGGAGAAACCAUAUAAAUGCCUGGAAUGUGGCAAAAGUUUCAGUCGGAGUGGAAGCCUUUCUUCCCACCAAAGGAUUCACACAGUGGAGAAACCAUAUAAAUGUCUGGAGUGUGGAAAAGGCUUCUAUAUCAUUGGAAACCUUCAUUCUCAUCAAAGAACUCACACAGGGGAUAAGCCUUAUAAAUGCCUCGAGUGUGGGAAAAGUUUCAUUUGGAGUAACAGCCUUACUUCCCAUCAAAGAAUUCACACAGGGGAGAAACCAUAUAAAUGCCAGGAAUGUGGCAAAAGUUUCAGUCAAAGUGUAAGCCUUUCUUCCCACCAAAGGAUUCACACAGUGGAGAAACCAUAUAAAUGUCUGGAGUGUGGAAAAGGCUUCUAUAUCAUUGGAAACCUUCAUUCUCAUCAAAGAACUCACACAGGGGAUAAGCCUUAUAAAUGCCUCGAGUGUGGAAAAAGUUUCAGUCGGAGUGACAGCCUUUCUUCCCACCAAAGGAUUCACACAGGGGAGAAACCAUAUAAAUGCCUGCAGUGUGGAAAAAGCUUCCGUGAGAACGGAAGCCUUAUUUGCCAUCAAAGAAUUCACACAGGGGAGAAACCAUAUAAAUGCCUGGAAUGUGGCAAAAGUUUCAGUCGGAGUGGAAGCCUUUCUUCCCACCAAAGGAUUCACACAGUGGAGAAACCAUAUAAAUGUCUGGAGUGUGGAAAAGGCUUCUAUAUCAUUGGAAACCUUAAUUCUCAUCAAAGAACUCACACAGGGGAUAAGCCUUAUAAAUGCCUCGAGUGUGGGAAAAGUUUCAUUUGGAGUAACAGCCUUACUUCCCAUCAAAGAAUUCACACAGGGGAGAAACCAUAUAAAUGCCUGGAAUGUGGCAAAAGUUUCAGUCAAAGUGUAAGCCUUUCUUCCCACCAAAGGAUUCACACAGUGGAGAAACCAUAUAAAUGUCUGGAGUGUGGAAAAGGCUUCUAUAUCAUUGGAAGCCUUCAUUCUCAUCAAAGAACUCACACAGGGGAUAAGCCUUAUAAAUGCCUCGAGUGCGGGAAAAGUUUCAUUUGGAGUAACAGCCUUUCUUCUCAUCAAAGAAUUCACACAGGGGAGAAACCAUAUAAAUGUCUGGAGUGUGGAAAAAGCUUCAGUCAGAGUGGAAACCUUAAUAUCCAUCGAAGAACUCACACGCGGGAGAAACCAUAUAAAUGCCUGGAAUGUGGCAAAAGUUUCAGUCGGAGUGGAAGCCUUUCUUCCCACCAAAGGAUUCACACAGGGGAGAAACCCUAUAAAUGCCUGGAAUGUGGCAAAAGUUUCAGUCAGAGUGGAAGCCUUUCUUCCCACCAAAGAAUUCACACAGGGGGGAAGCCAUAUAAAUGCCUGGAAUGUGGCAAAAGUUUCAGUUGGAGUGGAAGCCUUUCUUCCCACCAAAGGAUUCACACAGGGGAGAAACCAUAUAAAUGCUUGCAGUGUGGGAAAAGCUUCCGUGAGAAUGGAAGCCUUAUUUGCCAUCAAAGAAUUCACACAGGGGAGAAACCAUAUAAAUGCCUGCAGUGUGGAAAAGGGUUCUAUAUCAUUGGAAACCUUCAUUCUCAUCAAAGAACUCACACAGGGGAUAAACCUUAUAAAUGUCUCGAGUGUGGAAAAUGUUUCAGUCGGAGUGACAGCCUUACUUCCCAUCAAAGAAUUCACACAGGGGAGAAACCAUAUAAAUGCUUAGACUGUGGGAAAAGCUUCCAUCGGAGUGGAAUGCUUACUGCCCAUCAACGUAUCCAUACAGGGGAGAAGCCAUAUAAAUGCUUGGAAUGUGGAAAAUGCUUCACUCGGAGUGCAGCCCUUGCUUACCACCAAAGAAUUCACACAGGGGAGAAGCCGUAUAAAUGCUUGGAGUGCGGAAAAUGCUUCAGUGACUGUAGAAGCCUUACUUCCCAUCAAAGAAUUCACACAGGGGAGAAACUGUAGAAAUACUUAUAAUAUGGAAAGUUGUUAUAUCAAACUAAUUGGCUUGCAAAAAUAGAAAGCAAUGCAAUGAAGCAAUACAGUAAGAUAGUCUGUAAUCUAUACACAUAACUGAGUAAGCAUCACCCAGUAUUCCUUCCUAUCCACCCUCCCCUUUCUAGAGCCCAUUGCAUUUUUCCAGUAUUUUUCCAGUCACAUGAUGUCGCACAAAUCUCGUGUGAGAAAACGCGAUCUUCUGCAUUUUUUGCGUGAUCUACUGGGUCCUUACGGGCACAGGUAAGCCGUGUGGAAACGGCCAUUGUGAGUUAGUCUCACCAGUGCAGUUGUUACGAGUAUCUCUCCUGUAUGCUUUGAAUAGCUGGGUAAACAUAGCUCUAGUUCAAAAAAUUUUUUUGUAUCUAGCUUAUAAGUUAUAAAUACAAUUUUUUUGCACUUUUGCACUUGAGAUCAAACUAAAAUUUCUAUAUGAGCAAACUAAAAAUGUCUACAUAAGGAACCUAACUACUUUUGUUUCCUCCAAGAGGCUCUGUCCUCUUUAUCUUCGUGUUUGUAGUGGGAGGAACCUCCCUUCGUCUCUAGCACCAGCAAAAAGGCUGAGAGGGCUGGGGGAGCUCUCCUGCACCUUUGACUGCUUGGUCCAGUUCAGUACCAGGGGCUGCAGCUUAGCCUUUCAAAGCCCCCUCACCCAGCAUAUGAGGGACUAGAGGCAGAACUUCACUCCAGCUGCUCUCGAGAGGUGAGUCGCCGUGCAGCCCGUCUCGCCAGCGAAAGGCUCGCCUGGCACUCAGUGGACGCGCAGGCUGGCCAGGUGAGCACAGGGGCAGCAGCGGAGCAUGUUUUCACACGGCAGCCAGGUGCAACCAAGCUGCGCCUGCUUGGUUCUCAGAAAGUUCUCAGAAACCAAAAAUAUAGUGCAUAUCAGCAAAUAAAUGAAAAGUUAAGCGGUGAAAUAACAAUAUGAAUCAUUUCUGGUGAGUGGCCAUUUUGGUCUGCAGUAGGAUGGCAGAAUUCGAAUCCAGUGGCACCCUGGAGACCAGCAAGGGUAUGAUCUUGGAGCCCCAGUAUGAAAUGUACAUCUCUGAUGAAGUGAGCUUUGACUCAGGAAAGCCGAUACCCUGGAAAGUUUUGUUAGUCUUUAAAGUGAUUCUGGACUCAAAUUUUGUUCAUCAAUAUGAAAGUAACAGAAAGUAGGAUUUGAAACAAAAUUCCCUACAUUUCCAGUACAAAUUGAACACUUGAAGCAGUUUUAUAGCAAGUCAAGCCAUUAAAGACCAUCAAAGCCCGUCCUUAUACUGAUGUGGGGUUCUGACAUUGAAGCCCAAAGCCCAACUCCACAGGUUUUACACUGGGGUGACUGGCCUAUAGGGAGAUAGUCGGGCCCAUUGCAGAAUUAGGGGGCAGCAGGGGCGUCUCAUGGCAGGGUGUGCUUGGGCUCUCCAAGCCCCUUCAACCCGAGACACAUCCUGAGUAGCUAUAUAAUCCUACCAUAUCUAAGCCAAGCCAUACGGGUGACAUCUCAGUUCUUAUCCUGGCGCAUGUGCACAGAGGCCGCGGUGGUGGGAAAGCCAGGCAAGGUGGCGCAUCCCUCCAGAGGCUGCAGAGGUGAGAAGGCCAGACAAGGUGGCGCAUCCCUCCAAAGGCCACAGUGGCGGCAUGGUGCACCUCUUCUAACUGUUUGCUAGAGCCCAUUGCAUUUUUCCCCAGAACGGGCUUUGUUGCUAGUACAAUAAUAUAGUCUGUAACUCAGUAUAAUUACAUAAUGGGUUUCAGAGGUUAACAGCCAGAUCCUGAGAACCCCCCUAGUCCCCGCUCAGCUAUACGAUCAUGGCUCUGCUACAGAGGUAGCUUCAAUGGAUAGCUCCCAGUGGGCAUUUUGAAUGGUGGGCAGGGGGGGGACGGGACGACGGGACAUGCACUGUUCUGCAAAGCUCUGAUUGCUUAGUGAGUUCCUAGCAACCUUGGCACCACCCACCAAACACAGAGCAUUUCCUAGUGAUGUCCCCCUAAGUGGUAGACUGUGGUGCAGCCAAACCCGGCCUCCAAUGCAGCCACAGUCCCUGCAAGAGCUGCAAGAGCCAGUACUCUCCAGUGUGCCCCAUACAGGGGUCACUUGGGGUUGCCAGCCUCCAGGUAUAGUCUGGAAUUCGUCCAGAAUUACACGCAAUCUCCAGACCACAAAAACCAUUUCCUUGGAGAGCAGGGCAGUUUCCGAGGGCAGUCCCUAGGGCACCAUACCUUUGCUGAGCUCCUUCCCCCCCCCGCAAGCUCUGUCCCCUUCAGGCACUGCCCCCAAAUCUCCUUAACACAAGGACUAAAGGAAGUAUGCCAAAAGUGCUUCAACACAGGUAUAUUACCUAUACAAUGUACAGUUAUAAUAAUGUCAAAGUCAAUACAACAGUGAAAGACAAAUCCUGUACACAAUCAAAGAGAGAAGAAAAGUCCCAAUAUAUAAUUUCCAAGGGUAAUUCUUCGAGUCUUGAUCACGUCGCUGAAAAUUAGCGAUGCCAAAGGAACCCAGAGGUAACUGGCUGAUGGCACCCUGAGUUCAAAAUGAAGGGGUGGCAACGAGCUAUACCGGUCUUAUUUCGUUCCGCUCGUUUCAGAGGGGGUCCUUCAUCAGGCCACCAACAACCUACAAUUCAUAAUAUAAGUCAUAGAAAUACCAGCAAAUUUUAAACCAUUGCUUUACAUCCAUUCUGCUAUCAGUACUUACUAUUUCAACGAAUAUCAAGGCGAAAUCGUGACAAUAACCAUGUAUCCAAAUCAAUUACAGCUUCAGUUUCAAUUCAAGGUAAGAGGGAGGAGGCCUCUAAUCUGUUAUAUACAAAGCUAAUCCCAUCCAACGAUCAAUUAAGGCCCUUACAACAUUUAAAGGGACACCUCUUAGCAAAAUUCAUGUGAGCCCCAAGAGAGAACCUAUCUUUAUUGCACGUAUCUUUAUGGCACAUACUCCAUAAAAAUAGAUCUGGUCACAAUAAGUGCCUCCUUUUGCAGGCGGAGAUUAGAUGGAUCUUUAAACUCCAUACCAUGUUACCCGACGGCUUGAAUAAUGACAUUGAUUAUUCAGCUUUUCUUUAGCCAUUAAAUAUGUCAUUGAAUU